UUAGGCUUCGCCUAUUACAGUCUGGGAGAUUUCCGGAAAGCCAUAAAGUACCUUGAACGAUACCUCAAAAUUUUGAAAGAAGUGGGAGACAGGGCAGGAGAAGGAAAAGCGUACGGUAAUCUUGGCAACGCCUAUCACAGUCUUGGAGAUUUCCAGAAAGCCAUAGAAUACUAUGAACUACGCCUCAAAAUUUCGAAAGAGGUGGGAGACAAGGCAGAAGAAGGAAGAGCGUACUGUAAUCUUGGCAACGCCUAUUACAAUCUUGGAGAUUUCCAGAAAGCCAUAGAAUACUAUGAACUACGCCUCAAAAUUUCGAAAGAAGUGGGAGACAGGGCAGGAGAAGGAAAAGCGUACGGUGAUCUUGGCGACGCCUAUAGAAAUCUUGGAGAUUUCCAGAAAGCCAUAGAGUACCAGGAAGGACAUCUCAAAAUUUUGAAAGAAGUGGGAGACAGGGCAGGAGAAGGAAGGGCCUACGGUAAUGUUGGCGUCGCCUUUAAAAAUCUCGGAGAUUUCCAGAAAGCCAUAGAGUACCAUGAACAACACCUCAACAUUUCGAAAGAAGUGGGAGACAAAUCAGAAGAAGGAAAAGCGUACGGUAAUCUUGGCGUCGCCUUUAAGAAUCUCGGAGAUUUCCAGAAAGCCAUAGAGUACCAUGAACGAUACCUCAAAAUUUCGAAAGAAUUAGGAGAUAGGGCAGGAGAAGGAAGAGCGUACGGUAAUCUUGGCGACGCCUUUACAAAUCUCGGAGAUUUCCGGAAAGCCAUAGAAUAUCAUGAACGACACCUCAAAAUUUCGAAAGAAGUGGGGGACAGGGCAGGAGAAGGAGGCGCGUACGGUAAUCUUGGCAUCGCCUUUACAAAUCUCGGAGAUUUCCAGAAAGCCAUAGAGUACCAUGAACGACACCUCAAAAUUUCGAAAGAAGUGUGGGACAGGGCAGGAGAAGGAGACGCGUACGGUAAUCUUGGCAUCGCCUUUACGAAUCUCGGAGAUUUCCAGAAAGCCAUAGAGUACCAUGAACGAGACCUCAAAAUUACGAAAAAAUUGGGGGACAGGACAGGAGAAGGAGGCGCGUACGGUAAUCUUGGCAACGCCUAUCACAGUCUUGGAGAGUUCCAGAUAGCCAUAGAGUACCAUGAACGACACCUCAAAAUUUGGAAAGAAGUGGGAAACAGGGCACGAGAAGGAAAAGCGUACUCUAAUCUUGGCAACGCCUAUCACAGCCUUGGAGAUUUCCAGAAAGCCAUAGAGUACCAUGAACGACACCUCAAAAUUUCGAAAGAAGUGGGAGCCAAAUCAGGAGAAGGAAAAGCGUACUCCCAUCUUGGCAGCGCCUAUUACAAACUUGGAUAUUUCCAGAAAGCCAUGGAGUACCAUGAACGACACCUCAAAAUUUCGAAAGAAUUGGGAGACAGGGCAGGAGAAGGAGGCGCGUACGGUAAUCUUGGCAACGCUUAUCACAGUCUUGGAGAUCUCCAGAAAGCCAUAGAGUACCAUGAACGACACCUCAAAAUUUCGAAAGAAGUGGGAGACAGGGCAGGAGAAGGAAUCGCGUACGGUAAUCUUGGCAACGUCUAUAGAAAUCUUGGAGAUUUCCAGAAAGCCAUAGAGUACAAUGAACGACACCUCAAAAUUUCGAAAGAAGUGGGAGACAGGGCAGGAGAAGGAAGCGCGUGCGGUAAUCUUGGCAACGCCUAUGACAGUCUUGGAGAUUUCCAGAAAGCCAUAGAGUACCAUGAACGAGAGCUCCAAAUUUGGACAAAAGUCGGAAACAAAUCAGGAGAAGGAGACGCGUACUCUCAUCUUGCCAGCGCCUAUUUUGGUCUUGGAGAUUUCCAGAAAGCCAUAGAGUACCAUGGACGACACCUCAAAAUUUCGACAGAAGUGGGAGACAGAGCAGGAGAAGGAAGCGCGUACGGUAAUCUUGGCAUCGCCUAUCACAGUCUUGGAGAUUUCCAGAAAGCCAUAGAGUACCAUGAACGACAGCUGAAAAUUUCCAAAGAAGUGGGAGACAAAUCAGGAGAAGGAAGCGCGUACGGUAAUCUUGGCAUCGCCUAUCGCAAUCUCGGACUUUUCCAGAAAGCCGUAGAGUACCAUAAACGACAGCUCAGAAUUAUGAAAGAAGUGGAAGACAGGGUAGGAAAAGGAAGAGCGUACGGUAAUCUUGGCAACGCCUUUAUGAUUCUAGGAGAUUUUCAGAAAGCCAUAGAGUACCAUGAACGACACCUCAAUAUUACGAAAGAAGUGGGAGACAGGGCAGGAGAAGGAAAAGCGUACUGUAAUCUUGGCAACGCCUAUUACAGUCUUGGAGAUUUCCAGAAAGCCAUAGAGUACCAUAAACGACACCUCAAAAUUUCGAAAGAAGUGGGGGACAGGGCAGGAGAAGGAAGCGCGUACGGUAAUCUUGGCAACACCUAUAGAAAACUUGGAGAUUUCCAGAAAGCCAUAGAGUACCAGGAAGGACACCUCAAAAUUUUGAAAGAAGUGGGAGACAGGGCAGGAGAAGGAAGGGCGUACGGUAAUCUUGGCAUCGCCUAUCACAGUCUUGGAGAGUUCCAGAAAGCUGUUCAGUAUUAUAAGAACAGUGUGAUAGCCUUUGAGCACAUUAGGGGAAAUCUCAUAUCUGAAGACGAAUGGAAGAUUGGCCUUAAAAGUACGUAUGAUCAAUCUAAUUUGAGGCUGUGGGAGCUGCAGCUUAAUUUAGGUAAAGUCAUCGAGGCACUUUUAACUGCUGAUCAAGGACGUGCACAAGCUUUGAACGAUCUUCUGGAGUUCAAGUAUGGUCUUAAAGGGUUACGCCCUGAAAUAGGAACACUUUGUACAAGACCAAGUGACUUUGCUAGUUACUUACCACCAAAUACAGUUUUCAUGGGUAUCAGCGAGGGAGGAAUAGUUCUUUGGGUGAACGAGAAAGAAAAAGAAAUCAAAACUAGAAGAACUGAGAUCGAUAUCCCCGUCACAACCUAUUUUCAGUCUUUGCUGGAAACUACACAUAAAGAAAUAGGUGUGAGAGCUGAUGUUAACUGUGAAGAUCGCUCAUUAAGUAACCCAAGCGAUAAAAAGUUAGCAGGAGAAAAAUCCAGUGAGCCAAAGUCUCGUCCUCCAUAUUUACAGACAAAGUCUUUACAAAUAUUGUACAAUGUUGUUAUAGACCCUAUAAGAGACUUACUCCAGGGUGAUGAGGUUGUGAUUGUUCCACAAGGACCUCUGUGUUUGGCUCCUUAUGCUGCUUUCAUGGACUUGAAAUCAAAGUACCUCUGCGAAACGUUUAGAAUUCGUCUGCUUCCCUCACUUUCUAGUCUUCGAUUAAUCCAAAAUUGUCCAGCAGAUUGGCACAGUAAGACCGGCGCCCUUCUUGUCGGCGAUCCGUGGGUACAGGAGGUAGUUUAUGAAGGAAUGAGGCUGGGGCAGUUAGAGUGGGCCGAAAAGGAAGUGCAGAUGAUUGGGGAAAUAAUUCAAACUAAACCUCUCGUUGGAAAGCAGGCAACAAAAGAUGAAGUCUUAACACGUUUCUCCUCGGUUGCUUUGGUGCACAUUGCUGCUCACGGUAAAAUGGAAACAGGAGAAAUUGCCUUGACCCCUAACAUAACACGUUUAUCCUUGAAUCCAGCCAGAGAGGACUAUCUCUUAACUAUGCAAGAUGUUUUAAAGGCGCAGAUUAGGGCAAGACUUGUUGUACUCAGUUGCUGUCACAGUGCGCGGGGAGAAGUCAAGUCUGAGGGUGUGGUCGGCAUUGCAAGGGCAUUUUUGGGUGCUGGUGCUCGCUCUGUUCUGGUGUCGCUGUGGGCGAUCGACGACGAAGCUACUAUGGAGUUCAUGAAAGUUUUCUACCAACAACUAGUCCAUGGACGAAGUGCCAGUGAGGCCUUGAAUAAAGCCAUGAAAUCCAUGAGAGAAUCUGAGCGCUUUAGUGCAGUGAAGUACUGGGCGCCGUUUGUUCUCAUUGGUGAUGACGUAACGCUUGAGUUUGAAGGCAAGGUAUUUUGA